AUGAUUGAACCACCGCUGGUCGACGAAGGAAGGCCUCUGGAACCAACGUUAAUGGAACCCACCGGCAAAGCGGACUCUACAGUGACUGGGGACCGUUCGACCGUCGCUCGCCAGAAGAGGCUGGUUGAUCACGAAGCCGGCACGGAGAGAGGUACACGCACUGCACUGGAGCUCAUCCAGUCGAUCACGCAGCUCGCUUUGCCGGUGUUGCUCUCGUACGUUGGCCAGGCGUCGUUGACGCUUGUCAGCACCGCUUUCAUUGGUCACUGGACUGAUCCGGAGUCUCUCGCUGCGAUAGGUCUAGGUCUGGCACUGGUCAACAUCACAGGAAACGCGCUGGUUGCGGGCUUCUGCUCCGCUUUGGAUACGCUCUGUGCAAAUGCGUACGGAGCCGGUGACUAUCGCACUGUGGCGCUGGUUGCACUGCGUGGUGCUGUCAUUCAGCUUGUCGUCGUUGCACCACUAAUAGCGCUGCUCUGGAACGGACUGGCGCCACACGUGCUUGCUGCUCUGCUCACACCGGAAACGGCUGCGGCGGCCUCAUCAUCAUUAUCAACUGCUGCUGCAGCUGCUGCAGGUAAUCAGACUGUAGCCUUGGCAACAGCACUCUGCCGAUGGUACACCCUCGGACUCGUUCCGAUGAUCCUGUACGAGGUCCUGAAACGAUUCCUUCAGGCUCAGGGAAUCGUAAGGCCCAUCAUUCAGGUGACCCUCGUAGCGGCAGUUGCCAACGUCCUUUUCCACACCGUGCUCAUUCCGGGACUGCACUGGGGUAUCCGCGGUGCAGCGCUGUCACUCGCCUUGAGUCAGUGGGCGCUCCUGGGAACGCUUGCGCUCGUGAUGUACAAGUGGCGCCUCGGUGAGCAAUGUUGGCAUUCGUUAUUGUCGCCGUCUGGGGUGUACGUUUCAGUGCCGGCGUCCGGGAACGAUGCUCAUGACGGAGCGCCGCGUGCCCUCUUCCGCGAGUUAUGGCGAGAAUGGACACCUUUUCUUGCUUUGGCACUCCCCGGAACCGCAUGGGUGCUCGUGGAAUGGGGCGCGUUUGAAGUCACGCUCUUUAUGGCCGCGCGUUUACCGCCGCAUCCGGGAGAUCGUUCCGUGGCAGAUGCGGUGGCGACUCAGGCAGUUCUUAUGAAUGCCGUCUAUUUCUGCUUUAUGCUACCGCUUUCGAUCCAUAUUGGCGUGUCCGUUCAGGUCGGGAAUCUGGUCGGAGCGGGAUGUGCAGCGGCAGCACGACUCGCCGCUCGCCUGGGAUUAAUGGUAGCCGCGGUUGCCGGCAUACUUCUUGCGAUCCUACUGACGAGCACGCGCGAUCGCUGGCCACGACUGCUCACAAAUGAUGCUUAUAUCGGCGAACGAGCUGCACAGGCCGCGCUCUUCGUAUCAUUGUUUGAAAUUCAGGAUUGCUUGCAGUACACGAGUGUGGGGAUUCUCAAAUCGAUCGGGAAGCAGCGGACUGGUGCUCUUGCGAGCUUCCUCGGUUUCUGGACGGGGUGUGUUCCGCUAGCAGCGCUCUUUGCAUUUGUCUUUCGUCAGGGUGUCAAUGGAUUUUGGUUAGGAUUUGCUAUGGGAGAAUUAUGUCUAGCACUCUUUUACAUUUGCUACAUUGUAUUCGUGGUGGAUUGGCCUCUGGAAGUCAGAGAUGCACAGAAUCGCAUUCAGGCGAACCAGUAG